CGGCGCGUGCCCCACCCACUUUCCUCCUCUUUGCAAACCGGUUCGUGAGCAACGCAACCCGGACUAGUCAAGAGGUUCCAGCGCUAAGCUAGCAUCUAGGCAAACCGGCAUCUUUCCCUCCCUCUUUCUCUGUCUUUUUUUCACUCGUGUGCGGCAUCGAUUCCUUCUGCUCUAGCGCGCUCGCCUCCUUGGUAGCUAGCUAGCUUGCUUGCUCGCUCGCCUGGAGGUUCGUUCUCUCUCUCCUUUGCACGCUCGCUGCAAAUGGAGCUAUCCUCCAGCCAGUGCAAAAAAGUCAAGCUGAGCAACAAAGUGCAGAACUGGGGAAUGCAGAGAGCUACCAAUGUCACCUAUCAAGCUCACCAUGUCAGUCGGAAUAAGAGGGGUCAGGUGGUGGGGACCAGAAGUGGCUUUCGGGGCUGUACAGUCUGGUUAACAGGGCUUUCUGGAGCUGGGAAGACCACAGUUAGCAUGGCAUUGGAGGAGUAUUUAGUAUGCCAUGGCAUUCCAUGCUACACCUUAGAUGGUGACAACAUCAGACAAGGCCUCAAUAAGAAUUUAGGCUUUUCACCAGAAGAUAGGGAAGAAAAUGUCCGCCGGAUUGCUGAAGUUGCAAAGUUGUUUGCAGAUGCUGGCUUGGUGUGCAUUGCCAGUUUUAUUUCUCCUUAUGCCCAGGAUCGUAACAAUGCCAGGCAGAUCCACGAAGUGGCCAGUCUGCCUUUCUUUGAAGUGUUUGUGGAUGCUCCACUGCACGUUUGUGAGCAGAGAGAUGUGAAAGGCCUUUACAAAAAGGCUCGUGCUGGAGAAAUUAAAGGUUUUACUGGUAUCGACUCGGAGUAUGAAAAGCCUGAAGCCCCAGAGCUGGUACUUAAGACAGAUUCCUGUGAUGUCAAUGACUGCAUUCAACAAGUUGUGGAACUCCUGCAAGAGAGGGACAUUGUACCGGUGGAUGCCUCUUACGAAGUUAAAGAACUGUACGUGCCUGAAAACAAACUUAAAUUGGCCAAAACAGAUGCAGAGACAUUACCGGCCUUGGAAAUAAAUAAGGUGGAUAUGCAGUGGGUGCAAGUUUUGGCAGAGGGCUGGGCAACGCCACUCAAUGGCUUUAUGAGAGAGAGGGAAUACUUGCAGUGCCUUCAUUUUGACUGUCUACUGGAUGGAGGAGUUAUUAACCUUUCAGUGCCUAUAGUGUUGACAGCUACCAGGGAAGACAAGGAGAGACUAGAUGGCUGCACAGCUUUUGCUCUGUUGUAUGAAGGUCAUCGCGUGGCUAUUCUUCGCAAUCCAGAGUUUUAUGAGCACCGGAAAGAGGAGCGUUGUGCCAGACAGUGGGGGACAACGUGCAAGGAGCACCCCUACAUCAAGAUGGUCAUGGAGCAAGGGGAUUGGCUUGUGGGUGGUGAUCUUCAAGUCCUUGACCGCAUUUACUGGAAUGAUGGCCUUGAUCAGUACCGUCUCACACCUGCUGAGCUAAAACAGAAGUUCAAAGACCUGAAUGCUGAUGCUGUCUUCGCUUUCCAGUUACGAAACCCGGUGCACAAUGGACAUGCCCUGUUAAUGCAGGAUACCCAUAAGCAGCUGCUGGGACGAGGGUACAGGCGCCCAGUUCUGCUCUUGCAUCCUCUGGGUGGUUGGACCAAGGAUGACGAUGUUCCUCUGAUGUGGCGAAUGAAGCAACAUGCAGCAGUGCUGGAGGAAGGAAUAUUGAAUCCAGAAACAACUGUGGUGGCCAUAUUUCCCUCUCCUAUGAUGUAUGCUGGACCAACAGAGGUUCAGUGGCAUUGCAGGUCAAGGAUGGUAGCUGGAGCCAACUUCUAUAUUGUGGGCCGAGAUCCUGCCGGCAUGCCUCACCCGGAGACUGGAAAAGAUCUCUAUGAUCCAACCCACGGUGCCAAAGUGCUGACUAUGGCGCCAGGCCUGAUAACGCUGGAAAUUGUACCCUUCAGAGUGGCAGCUUAUAACAAGAAAAAGAAAUGCAUGGAUUACUAUGACUCUGAGCACCAUGAAGAUUUUGAAUUUAUUUCGGGAACCCGCAUGCGUAAACUAGCUCGGGAAGGACAAAACCCUCCUGAAGGUUUCAUGGCUCCUAAAGCAUGGACUGUGCUGACAGAGUACUACAAAUCCUUGGAAAAGGCUUAGGCUGCUUAUUAAUUGCAGAUCAACCUUUGACGCUCGAUUUAUUAACAAGGGGACCACACAGUCACCGUUGGCGCUGCUUUGUUGUAGUGUCUGUCAGGAAGUUUCCCCCUAAACACAGGCCCUUCUCCUUAACUUAGCAUCAUUCUCUGCUUCUUAUGGGUUCUGUUACAUAUUGGCACCUAAUAAACUUCUGGUUUUAAUGUUUUCUCUCUCUUUUUAUUACGGUUAAUAUUCUUGCGGUAAGAUUUUUAAAUCUUGUCUUUUUAAAUAUUAUUUUUAUGCCUCUGUGCCCUGCAGUUCUCAAAGCUGCUGCAGCUUUCUUUUCUUCCUUUCCCGUUAUUUAAGGUAGAUUAGAUAUCCUUGCUUUUCAUAGUUUACAGGAUGAAUAUGGCAGUUUGAUUAUAUGAACUAGAGAUAGGUGCUACAUUUAAUCAAAAUGAAAUAUAUUUUUAAAAGAUACUAAAAUUGUACUUUUCUGUCAGUGGUCUUUGAAGUUCUUGUAUGGAAUCUCAGGCUUCACUGUAUUGCAAAUUAAACCUUUGUUGAAUGAA